AUGUCUAACGCGAGCUGCAUUUCAUUAUCUGCCUUUCUAAUAAUAUCUUUUUUUCUUUCCCCUCCCCAGCCUUCUCCAGAGACAACUGAAAUAGACCUAGAUGGAGGAAUUGAUCAGGACAUCUUCGACAUAAAUGAAGCUUUAGGACUAGACCUUUUUGAGGGAGACAUCAAACUUCCUGUGGAUCGAAACUCCAUCAUUGGUGACAACUAUCGGUGGCCCCAUGUCAUCCCUUACGUCCUUGAGAACAGCCUGGAAAUGAAUGCUAAGGGAGUCAUCCUCAAGGCAUUUGAACAGUAUCGACUGAAAACCUGUAUUGACUUCAAACCUUGGGAAGGGGAGAAGAAUUACAUAUCUGUGUUCAAAGGAAGUGGCUGCUGGUCGUCAGUGGGAAACCUGCAAAUGGGCCUGCAGCAACUCUCCAUUGGAGCCAACUGUGACAGGAUUGGGACAGUCCAGCAUGAGUUCCUGCACGCCCUGGGAUUCUGGCACGAGCAGUCUCGGUCUGACCGGGAUGACUAUGUGACCAUCGUCUGGGACAGGAUUCAGUCUGGUAAAGAACAUAAUUUCAAUAAAUACGAUGAUAACAGAUCAGACUUCCUGAAUGUUCCCUAUGACUACAAUUCUGUGAUGCACUACAGCAAGACUGCAUUCAAGAAUGGAACUGAUCCCACCAUCAUCACCAACAUACCAGACUUCACUGAUGUCAUAGGGCAGAGAAUGGAUUUCAGUGAGCACGACCUAAAGAAACUGAACCGGCUCUACAACUGCACCUCCUCCCUAAGUUUCAUGGACACAUGCAGUUUUGAACUUGAAAAUAUAUGUGGCAUGAUCCAAAGUUCAGAUGAUAACAGUGACUGGCAGCGUUUGUCUCAGGUUCCUGCUGGGCCAAAUACUGAUCACACCAAUAUGGGAGAAUGCAAAGAUUCUGGCUACUUCAUGCAUUUUGACACCAGUGCUGGAGGAGAAGGAAGCACAGCUGUCCUGGAGAGCCGAAUUCUGUAUCCCAAAAGAGGUUUUCAGUGCUUGCAAUUCUAUUUAUAUAACAGUGGUAACGAGAAUGACCGGCUGAAUGUCUGGGUCAGGGAGUACACGUCAGCCAAUCCAAAUGGCACUUGGAGAUUCAUCAAAGAGAUAAAAGGUUCACCUGAGACCUACUGGCAGCUCCAUCAUGUUUCUUUGAAUGUCACCAGUAAAUUCCGGGUUGUGUUUCAAGGCGUGAGAGGAAGUGGCUUAUCAAGUGGAGGCCUCUCUAUUGAUGACAUCAACUUGUCAGAAACUCAGUGUCCCCACCAUGUCUGGCAUAUCAGAAAUUUCACGCAUCUCCUCAACACAAGUCCAGCAGGAAAAAAGGGAAUAAUAUACAGUCCACCUUUUUAUUCUAGUGAAGGAUAUGCUUUUCAGGUCAGCUUGUAUGUAAAUGGUACUGCUGAUAACCCAUUUAAUUUAGGAAUAUACUUGUCCUUGAUUUCUGGAGCAAACGAUGAUCAUUUGAAAUGGCCUUGUCCAUGGCAACAAGUUACCAUGAUCCUGCUUGACCAGCAUCCUGAUAUUCGUCAACAGAUGUCAAACCAAAGAAGUGUAACAACAGACCCUGAGAGGCUUUCAGAAUCCUCAUCAAACUAUACUUGGGAUAGGCCAGAUAAAGUAGGAUCCGAAGCAACUUUUCCCAAUGGAACUAAAUACAUGAGAGGUCCAGGAGUUGGAACAAGUGCAUUUUUAACUCAUGAGAGACUUAGAAGCCGCAACUUUAUCAAAGAAGAUGGUGUUUAUAUUCUUUUAACAAUGGAAGAUAUAUCACAUCUCCUGUCAACUCAGCCGAGCAUUCCACCCCCUCUUGUUACAACUGCAAGUGCCACCACCACCACCAAAGCUGGGCCUGGCCCUAUUGCCACCACCGAGCCCCCCAUUGGCACUGAGAUCACCAUCACCACUGCAUCCACCACCACUGCAUCCACCACCACUGCGUCCACCACCACUGCAUCCACCACUACAUCCACCACCACUACAUCCACCACCACUGCAUCCACCACCACUGCAUCCACCACUACAUCCACCACCACUGCAUCCACCACCACUGCAUCCAUCACCACUGCAUCCAUCACCACUGCAUCCACCACUACAUCCACCACCACUGCAUCCACCACCAGCACCACCAGCCAGCCCGAAGAUCCAGAGGUUCCGGCCUUCUGCCCAAACAACCCCUGUGAAAACGACGGUGUCUGUGUCAUAGUAAACAGAGCGCCCGUGUGCAGAUGUCCAGCAGGUGACAACUGGUGGUACAUGGGAGAAAAGUGUGAAAGGAAAGGCUCAACUCAUGAAAAUACUGUAAUAGCUGUUUCUUCAACCAUAACUGUGUUUGUUGUAAUGCUUAUUGUCACCAUCACAACUGCAGUGUGCCUUAAAAAGAAAUACAAACAAGGAAAGGACAAUAAGGAGAGUGUGACUCUAGAAGAAACUAAAACAUCCUUCUGAAGAUAAUGCAAACAAGCAUCAAAGACACAAGAUGAGCAUCACUGCAAAACCACAACUACGUCAUCACUCUUUCUGCUCCUUUUAUCUCGACCAUCAUGAUAAAAGUUUGUAAAGUCUGGGAAAUAAUUCAUCAUCUGGAUAAAACACUGUGCUAAAGUCAGUGGAGUGUCUGACACUGCUGUGUAUCGUCAUUCAAUAGAGAAAAAUGGAAAUGCAUUGUGUGACAUGGCAGCCUUGUCCUUCAAGUCUAUCUAAACAUGAAGAAAGCAUGAAAACAGCAUCUUGAAUUUUAGUUAACACAGGAAAGUCUAAAUUUGCUAAAUAUAAAAUAAAUAUUAUCAUUGUACUGCUGUCUAAAAUAAAGGGGAGCUGGACCCUGUGUCCACAGGAUACCCAGCAGAUCUCA